AUGGACAGCAUUACAACAGUUCCUGAUGAACGAGAAGAGGAGGAUGAAGAAGCUGGGGAGCCACCCAGUGAAGAUCCGAAAAGUGUUGAUGAAAGCGGUGAAGGUGAUGGCGACGGUGAUGGCGAUGAAGGCAAGGGAACCAAAACCGCCAGCGGAAAACUGAUGAAGUUAGAAAACUCAAAAAAGCUGGCAGAUGGAGAGGAGGGUGAACGGAACGGUCGCCCCUCUUCGAAGAUUCGCAUUUUCAAGCAGAGAAACGUCAAAAUGAGCUCCCGUAACCUAAACCAGGUGCUGCCGAUUGAGUAUCCAAAGGAGUUUCAGGUCAUCUGGCGAAACAUCAACUACAAGGUGAAGGCCUUUGAGCGCACCGGAAAUUGGAGCGGCAAAAUGGUCGACAAGCAGAUUCUCUUUGAUAUUAAUGGUCACUUUACCAGCGGCCAGGUGACCGCCAUAAUGGGUCCCAGUGGGGCUGGCAAAUCUACUUUGUUGGAAAUUAUCGCCUGUCGACGUCGUUUGGGACUGAGCGGCGAAGUGAAGCUGAAGGACAUCGGCAAUGCUCGCAUCGCCUUCGUCCCCCAGAACAACUACCUGAUGGCGACGCUGACCGUCGUCGAGACGAUGACCUUCGCCGCCCGGCUGCAGAACAUUGGCCGCGCCAACUUCGACCACGAAACUCGCGUCAAUAAGCUGAUUAAGAUGUUCGGCAUGGAGCCGAUUCGCCACACCCGAGUGGCCCGCUGCUCCGGCGGCCAGCAAAAGCGGCUCUCCAUCUGCGUGGAGCUCUUCCAGUCGCCGAACAUACUGAUUCUCGAUGAGCCGACCACCGGCCUCGACUCGGCCUCCUGCUCGCUGGUGAUGAAGUUGCUGAAGGAGCUGGUGGAGAGUCCGGANAACUCGCGUCAAUAA